AAUCAAGCUAUGGUGGAGGGUCUAGUACCCAAGAUCCGCAAAAGGGGUUGUUCAUCAUCUUCAUCUGCAUCAUCAAAAGUGUAUAACUACAGAUUUAAGCGGGCUAUUUUAGUUGGAAAAGGUAGAAACGGGCUCGGGCCCGGGCUUAGAGGGUCCAGAUCCAGUACACCAGUGCCAAGCUGGAGGGCUACUCCAUUAAGAAAUGUUGUUGAGUCACCAAAACAGUCACUUGGUGGGAUAUCACAGCCUGUUUCAGCUAGAAAAUUGGCUGCCACAUUGUGGGAGAUGAAUGAAAUGCCUUCCCCUAGAAUGACUGAUGACUUGGGAAAAAAGAAGAUGAUGAUGUUGAAGAAGGAGAAAUUGCGGGGCCUUCAUUCGGGCUCGGGCUCUGUUUUGGGCGAUUUGCCUCCCCAUUUGUGUGAUCCAUCUCAUAGCCCGGUUUCUGAGAGGAUGGAUCGAUCUGGAACAGGAAGCUAUCAGAAGAGGGCAUCAACAACUUCCCGUAGACAACAAAGGACUACGGACCAUAAUGUUGGAAUGUUAGAUUCUUUAAGCAGCGCCAGUUUAAUGGAGCUCGAGACCAGGUCUCGUGCCCAGACUCCACGGGGAUCAGUGGCUGGUUUUGGCAGCCGUCUGAAGGAUGUUAGUAACGCUUUGACAACAUCCAAAGAGCUUCUAAAAAUAAUCAAUCGAAUUUGGGCACAUGCUGAUCAACCUUCAUCUAGCACAUCUCUUGUCUCUGCAUUACAUGCUGAGCUUGAAAGGGCCCGCCUGCAGGUGAAUCAGCUUAUUCAAGAACAGCGCUCAGAUCAAAAUGAGAUUAAUUAUCUCCUUAAAUGCUUCGCUGAAGAGAAAGCGGCUUGGAAAAACAAAGAGCAACAGGUCGUUGAGGCUGCAAUUGAAUCCAUUGCAAAUGAACUUGAGGUUGAGAGAAAGCUAAGGCGGAGAUUUGAGAGCUUGAACAAAAAACUCGGCAAAGAGUUGUUGGAUACAAAAGCAUCAUUCAUGAAGGCAGUGAAAGAGCUUGAAAGCGAGAAGAGAGCCAGAGAGGUAAUGGAACAGGUAUGCGACGAAUUAGCUAGAGACAUCGGUGAAGACAGAGCNAGACAGAGUGAAGUAGAAGAGAUGAAGAAGGAAUCUGCAAAAGUUCAAGAAGAGAUUGAACAGGAAAGAGAGAUGCUCCAGUUAGCUGACAGAUUGCGCGAGGAAAGGGCUCACACAAAACUCUCAGAGGCCAAGAAUCACUUUGAGGAGAAACAUUCUGCUAUUAACAAGCUAAAGAAGCAACUUGAAGGAUUCCUGGGAAAGAAAAAGGCCAAAGGUAGGGGAAAUAGUUCUCUAAAUUUCAGAAAUAAUGAAGAGGUGACAGCAUCCUUGAGUAAAGCUCUAUUACAUCAGAAUGAAGAAAAAGAAGAUGAUGGAGGAGAAGUAGAGAAUGUUGCAGACUGUGGGGAAGACUCAGCAGAAAGUGAUCUUCAUUCAAUUGAACUAAACAUGGACAAUUCCAAUAAGAGCUACAAUUGGGCUUAUCCAUCUGAUAUCGUUCGCGAGUCAAAACGAAUUUCAGUCGAUGAAAGAAGAGCAAGAAACUCCAACUCUGGACAGCCGAGAAGAAGCACUCCCAUUCAAAGGAGCAUUUCUGGUGGAGUUGUUGAGUAUGUAAAUCAAGCUGCAAAUCUUCCAACCUCAGGAGAUAGAUUAGACAUGGAAAGACUUAAUGAACUCGAGAAACUAGGACAAAGAUAUAGUUAUUUGGAUGAAGCACAUCGACUUAAAGCAGUGAAGGGCCUUAAGGAUCAUCUAUUAGCUAGUUCUGGCUCCAGUCCAAUCCGACAGUGGGAGCAACCUUGGCCUUCUAGAGAUCCUUGUGCUACAAUUCCUGAAAGGUCUAGUAUUAUUCAGGGGAGUGCUCCAAAAUCACGGCUAGGAGAAGUCAGAGGAGAAGGCCAAAGUGUCAGAAGAUCAAGACGAUGAGAUUGUUUCAAUACGUCACCUGUGAGCUUGUCUCAAGAAUUGAGGGUCAAGAACUUGUAAUUGAGGUUAUAUUGGAAAGAUCUGAAAAUAGUCAAGGAGAAGGGGCUGUCUAAAUUUAGGAACUUGCUAAAUUGGUUCCACUAUGGCCUAAGUUAUCUGCUUACCUACAGUUCAAACUUACAAAGGAACCAAGAGUGUGGGAUGCAUUUUGAAAUGUCCAGAGGUUAACAUCUUGUUGAUUAUGCUUCGGAUGCCAUUUCAAUUGUUUUCUUCUGCCAGUUUUUGUUACCACUCCUUUUUUGUUAAGCUGUGUUUGAAUUAGUGGAAAUCCCUGUAGAAAGUUUGUGCUGAUUUUAGCAAACUGCUCACUGUAUAAAAAGUCCCUAGCUAUUACUCUGAUGCUGUUCACGCUUGUAUACAAUUUCUGUUCUAUUAAGGUACUUUACCCUUAUAUAAGAUAAAACAUGUGACUGAUUAUUGUGAA